AUGCUGACUGCGGCCCAAGGCCUGCUGAUGGUGGUGGCCGUGGCCGAGUUUUUUGUGGGCCUGCUUGGGAACGGAGCCCUUGUGGUCUGGAGUCUUGGAGAGUGGGCCAGGAGAACCAGGCAGUCUUGCUACAGCUGCAUCGUCCUGGGCCUGGCAGCCUGCCGGUUUGUCCUGCAGUGGCUGAUCAUGGCGGACCUCAGCCUGUUCUCGCUCUUCCAGGGCAGCCAUUGGAUCCGCUACCUCUGGGUGGCCUGGGCCCUGGUGAGCCAGGCCAGCCUGUGGUUCGCCACCUUCCUUAGUGCCUUCUACUGCCUGAAGAUCACCACCUUCGAGCACCCCGCCUAUGUGUGGCUGAAGCAGAGGGGCUAUCGCCUGAACCUCUGCUGCCUCGGCUACUUCAUCGUCACGCUGCUCCUCGUGGUCCACAUUUCCCAACAGCCCCACGCUCCCUUCCAGUGGAACAGCAGCAUUCUGCAUCCCUUCUUAAGCCGGCAUUAUGCUUACACAUUUGAGCUCAGUUCAGGAGGUUCUCUGCCUUUCUUGCUGUUUCUUCUGUACUCUGGGAUGCUGAUGGUCUCUUUGUACAGACACCAUCGGAAGAUGCAGGUCCACAUGGCAGGCCGUUGGGACGCCCAGGCCCGAGCUCACAUCAGGGCCCGGUGGUCCCUGGGCAGCUUCCUGGUUUUCCACAUAGUGUACGUGCUGGCCAGCCUCUUCUCCAUCCCCACCAAGUUUCCCCCACAUCUUACCUCCAUCAUCUUCUCCGAGACCCUCAUGGCUGCCUCCCCUUCCCUUCACUCUGCCGUCCUGGUCCUGGGCAACCCGAGGGUCAAGCAGCUUUGGCAGAGAAUCCUGCAGAAGCUGGGGUGCACCUGCAGAGGCGGGGGCCCAUGA